CAGAAAACCAGGACGCACCGCUACACCACACACGCUACGCUGCAGCACGGGGGCUUGUGUUGCUGUGUUGCCAGUGCUGUGCAUUCGUUCAUCAGCAGCUAGUGAGCAAGUGGUGAGCAGAAGCAAGUCAGCCGUGGCCCGUGUGCCUUGAUUUCUGUUGAAGACUCACAGAGCCAGACACCCCAAGCUAAGCACGCAUCAGACCCAUCGCCAAGUUCCUAUACCUGAAGAUCCCCUUCGUCUGCCCCUCGUCCAAAACCAUUGUGUGCGCAUGCGUGCGUGCACAAUCAAACUCGCAAAGCCACCGCACAAGCUUCAACAGGGCUGCAAAGAGGCACUCCACCACAACCACAGUCCACAGCACAAAGCACACUUGCCAGCUGCACAGGCAGCAUGCUUCAGCCAAGUGUACUGGCGCUUGUCGUGCUCAUGCUUGGCAUGGCAGCUGCCAUCAUUCCAGGAGCGCACGCCAAGCGAGAGCUGCUGCUGCAUGAGCGCUUCGACAUGGAGACGCGCUUCAGCAUCACGCCGCCAACCGUGUUCAUGAGCAUCAAGUUCUUCCCAGAUGACAGCGGCAGGUUCCUGGUCCUCGACAAACGGGGCACCGUCUACAUCGGCCACGAAGACGACAGACCGCUACAGCUUGAACCAUACCUCAAUCUUGACAACGUGGACUUUGGGGACGAGCGUGGGUCGCUGGACAUUGAGAUUGAUCCAGCGUUCUCCACCCUUAGCAAGCAGUUUGUCUACGUCUACUACAGCCCCAUCGACCCGGAGCAGUUUCGCGUGUCUCGGUUCGUCCACGUGGAAGGGCCUGGCCACCUCAGCAGCAAGGCCGACCCACACUCAGAGACGGUCAUCUGGCGCGACGCGCUGGGGUACCCUGGCAAGUUCCACUACGGUGGUGCGCUGCUCUUUGGCCCAGACCAGCAAUACCUCUACCUCACCUCUGGCGACAAGACCAAAGCAGAUUGGGCACAGGACAUCUGGAGGACCACGGGCUGCGUGUUUCGGUUCGACCGCGACGGAAACCCACACCCAAACAACUUUGGCCUCACCUUUGAUGGCAAGGGGGGCGUGGAGGACACCAUGUUUGCCUACGGCCUGCGAAACGGCUUUCGUGCCACCUGGGACAUUCCCGAUCCCGUGGCAGCCGCUCCACCUCCCGCAUCACCGACCAACCCCAACGCCAACGCCACCACCACCGCCGCCGCCGCCGCCGCGACCACUGCAGGAAGCAGCAGCAACAGCAACAACAACAACACCACCAACACCAACAACAGUAGCGACAACAACAACAACAGUAGCGACAGCAAAAGUGCAAGUGAUAACACUGGCAGCCAACAGCUGCCAUAUGCACCAAGGUUGCUCGUGGGUGAGGUUGGUGGCAACAAUCAACCCCUGUCAUGGGAGGACAUCCAUGUGGUGGAGAAUGGGGCGAACAUGGGCUGGCCACUGUGCGAAGGAGCGUGCGACAACCCCGAUUUCAGCAUGUCGUGCACGUGUCGCAAGCACGCAAACCCGCUCUUCUCGUACCCGCACGCUGGCACCAACGCGGCCGUCGUGCUUGGGCCCGUCUACCGUGGUGAUGAGUUUCCGCAGCAGUUCCGCAACAACAUCUUCUUUGCAGACUACGCGAGGGAGGAGAUGUGGCGACUGCAGCUCAACCCAAGCACGGGUGCCGUGGAGGAGGUGGCGCUGUUUGCAAAGGACGUCGGGGAGAUCACCCACAUCACACAGGGGCCGGACGACAUGCUCUGGCUCACCACGAGUCGUGGCCAGAUCAAGCGCCUCACAUACGACGAGGGCCACUUGCGGCCCGAGAUUGUUACUGCGCAGGCGAGCGUUGUCACGGGCAUGGCGCCCAUGCAAGUUGACUUUACCGCGUACGCCGUGCACCAGCAGGCAAACAUGACGCUGUCGUACCGGUGGUCGUUCAACGACGGCACGGCCGAUGAGUUUGCUGCAAACGUCACCCACCUGUUCCGCCGCGAGGGGGAGUUCCACGUGCAGCUGCGCGUCACGGACAGCGAGUACCGCACGACCGCCCUGGCCAAGGCCAUCACCAUCGCCGUUGGCCAAGCGCCCACUGCACGCAUCGUCUCCCCCGUCAACGGCUCCACGUUUGUGGCGCUAGACAUCAUCAGGGUCGUUGGCGUGGGCACCGACGACAAUGCACUCACGGAGGACAACUUCUCGUGGAACGUCAGGUUCUUGCACGAUGACCACUUCCACCCCGUCGAGUCUGGUAUCAAGGGCCGCGCGUUCUCCUUCCAGGUCGCAGACACGGGCCACACGUACGAGGGGCGCACGGGCCUGGAGCUCGAGCUCACUGUCACAGACAACGCCGGCCUGUCCAGCACCACCAGCGUGGCCAUCUUCCCAAAGAAGGUGGAUGUCAUGUUUGACACCAGCCCCGAGGGUGCUGCGCUGUACGUGGACGGCCUGCCACGUGUCACGCCCUUUGUCCUGGACACGCUUGUGGGCUUCCAGCACCCCGUUCGCGCGCCCGACAUGUCUUGCGUGGAGGACACGAUGAACAAGUUUGAUACGUGGGACCACACCCCGGUGCGCGACUGGCUGCUGGUGGUGGGCGAGGAUGAGGCUGGGCACAGCUUCCAGGCGCACUUCGAGCCCGCACCCUGCGAGGGCUCCACGGGCAUUCCCGUGCGAGAUGGCCUCGUUAUGCACCUCGCCUCUGAUGCCGGCGUGUACACACAGCCAGACACGGCCCGGCUGCGCCUGUGGACGGACCAGGUUGGUGACAACAACCUGAACCGCAUCCAGGGCACGCCCGUGCUUGUGCGCGAUGGCGGGCCCAACGACUCCCCGUACGUGCUGUUUGACGGCGACGGCGACGCCUUGUACCGGGAUGGGUUUGUUGGCCUGCCGCUCAACACGCGCGACCGCACGCUUGUGACGGUGGUGCGCUACGAGUCUCCGGGUUACGGUGGCGUGGUGUAUGGCUCGCCGGACUGCAACGGCGCUUUUGGCGCGGGCGUGUCGCCGCACACCCCUGGGCGCCUGUCCAUGCGCGGCUACUGCGGCCGGGCCACCAUUGAUGCCAACCGCGUGGCGCAAGACGAGGGCUGGCUCAUCCACACCGUUGUCCUGGACAGCAACCACGUGUGGAUGUAUGCCAACGGCGAGGCGGUGACGAACAAGGCAAUGGUGAUGCGCACGCGCGGAAGCGAGGACGACAGCCGCUUUGUGGUUGGCGCGGACAUUGACCUGAGUAGCCACGUGCGCAUGGGCGUGGCGCAUGUGCUGCUGUACGACCGCGCCCUCACGGAAGCCGAACUGCAAGACGUGCACGCGUACCUGGUGAAAGAAUACCUGUCGGGGCUGGACGACCUUGUUCGCCUGUCUGUGCCCAUCCCGCAGCACGGCAAGCGCUACAUUGUCGGCUACGUGCAGCUCGACUGGGUGGUGACGGUGGCGGAGGACAGUCCCAGCGCCCCAAAUCCAGACGAGCUGGUGGUGGUCAUCUCCCUCAACGGCGGCGCUGCUGUCGUCAGCAGCUUCUUGCAGAGCUCCCUUCCACUCUUCUACCUGCCGGUUGGCGCGCACACGAUUGACAUUGCGGUUGCGCCUGCAUCUGCAGCGACCCCUGCAUACUUUUUUCCUUCGGCCGAAGCCACUGCUGUUGGCACGGCACGCGCCGCAGACGUGUCAUCUGCAGCAGGAGGAGCAGGGGCAGCUGGCUUGUCAUCGUCAUCAGCAUCAUCAGCGGAUGCUGUGGGUGCCGACCUGGGCACGGUGGACGGCAUCCCUCUGCCGUCGCUGCACAUUGAGUUUGAUGUUGCACUUGGGCCGUACGUGGCAGACGACACGUUUGUAGUUGAGCGGCGGGCAAGCGCGCUACUGCGCGUUCUUGACAACGACAUUGCGCUGUACGGCCAGCCUCCGCUUGACGUGAGCAGCAUCAGCAUUGUGGACAGCCCAAACCUGGGCACCCUGCAGUUGACGGAGAGCGGUGAGCUUGUUUACAACAACCUGCGUGGCAGUGAUGGCGACGUGGACACGUUUUCGUACACGCACCUCCACAUCCUCCACCACAUCCUCCACCACAACAACUACAACUACAACUACAACUACAACUACAACUACAACUACAACUACAACUACAACCACGACCACAACUACAACUACAACCAUGACCACAACUACAACUACAACCACGACCACAACUACAACUACAACUACAACUACAACUACAACUACAACCAUCACGACGACGGCGACGACCACAACCACAAUCAGAGCGCCCAAGACCUCUCUGCAGCCACCCCCUCCAGCGUGAUUGCAGCGCCGGACAAGACCGUGUACGGCUGGCUCGACGCAUCUGCGGGCGGAUACGUGGCCACGGCGCGAACACCAGACGUUCGCUUCGAACACGACGCCAGCGUCCCACACCUGUCGUUCUCCGGGUCUGGCGGGCUGCAGGUUGCUGGGCCGUUGCGGGGCCUCCCGCUUGAUAACAGACCGCGCACGCUGAUGGCCGUGGUGCGAUACUGGUCACCAGCAAAAGGCGCUGUUGUGUACGGCAAGCGCAAGUGCGGGGCGACGUUUGGGCUUGGCGCGGCAGCGGCCGUGGCCCGAGCAGGGCGGUGGCAGACUAGCACGCUGAGGACGGUGGGGGCGCUGGUGCCGUCCGUGCGUACGCGGUGCAACGACAUGGUGUCGGGAGCGGCGUUUGGCAUGGGCGAGUGGGUGGUGCAGUCGGCGAUGGUGGUUGGGCCGACGGUGUUCCAGACGCUUGGGCACGACGUUGUCGGUGUCGGACUGAACACGUUGAAGACGGGCGAUGGGUCGCUGUUCAUUGGGCAGGAUAGCGUGAGUCAGCAACACCCGGUGGUGGACAUUGCGGCGGUGGUGCUGUUUGACCGGGCGCUGAACGUGGACGAGUAUUCGUUUAUGGUGGAGUACCUGCGGUGGAAGUAUCUCAAUCAGGAGCCAGACGCAGACAAGGUGCUGUCAUAUCUGACAUGA